AUGCAUACUCCCUUACGCACUUUAGGUAAAGAUGGCCCCCAAGUCUCUGCCGUCGGGUUUGGGUUCGGGAGCCUCAGUGGAUUCUACGGAUCAGCCGGUACCCUCGACGAGAGAGUGGCUCUCCUAUCGCAUGCUCAUUCCACAGGACUACGCUUUUGGGACCUGGCUGAUAUCUAUGGCGACUGUGAGGAUGUCGCCGGUGAAUGGUUCAAGCGAUCCGGUCAACGAGAUGACAUAUUCUUGACCACCAAGUUUGCGCUCCAGCGCCAGUCAGGAGGAGGGCACACUUUUCGAUCGGAUCCCGCCUAUGUUAAGGCUGCAUGUGAUAAGAGCCUCCAGAGACUCGGGGUAGACACCAUUGACCUCUACUACUGCCAUCGGGUAGAUGGAGUAACACCUAUUGAAAAGACGGUCGAAGCUAUGGUAGAGCUGAAGAAAGAGGGGAAAAUUCGUUAUCUCGGUUUGUCAGGUGUCUCAGUAGCCACACUACGUCGAGCGCAUGCCGUCCACCCUAUUUCCGCUCUGCAAAUGGAAUACAGUCUCUUUACACUGGACAUUGAAUCUUCGGAUAUCUUGAAAACCUGUCGAGAGCUGGGUGUGACUGUCGUGGCCUACAGCCCUAUUGGGCGUGGCAUCCUAACCGGCCAUUUCCGAUCUUACACAGACAUCCCGGAAGGUGACUUACGCCGUCUGUACCCAAAGUACUCGGAGAAGAAUUUCCCGAGCAUUUUGAAGCUAUUACAGGCGUUGGAGAAUGUUGCCAGUACUCAUCGGAGCACCCCGGCACAGGUUGCUCUUGCUUGGCUUCUUGCACAAGGACCAGAUAUCAUUCCCAUCCCAGGUACCAAGUCGCCUGCUAGAAUGAACGAAAAUGCGGCAUCUGCAGUUCUUCGUUUGAGUGGCCAGGAGGUGCAAGAGAUCCGUAAUCUGGUGGAGAACACUCACAUUGAAGGUACUCAGUACCCUGCUGCGUGA